GCUCACUUGCUAACCGGUUCUAACCUUUCUCAUCGGAAUUUUUGUCCCGAACAUUCGAGUCUCAAUCUUUCUUUGCUCGACUUGAGAAAAACAUCGAGGGUUCUCGCUAUACAAAUUCCUUCUUGACCGCCGAAGAGCUAGUUUCUCCCGAAGAUGCUGUAGCUACUAGAAUAUUCUUCCACAAUUACCUGCACAGCUCCAACCCUACAUAAAUAUACACUUUCCCGCCUUCCGGCAACAUCAACAAUUAUCUUCAUCUCUCUGCGAAAUAAAACAACCACAAAUUUGAGAAAUCCAAACCAACAAACAGUCAUGGACGACCUCCGCCACCCUCCAAACGAAGUCCCACAAUCUCUCUACAUCGUCCACGAUCCUUCUAAUGACCAGAUCCCAGGAGGAAAGGCUCCCGCAUCGCGGGAGUCCUACACUCCGUGGAGCAUUGGUUUCCGGCCUUACGAUAUCCUAAGUCUCAGCCGCAGAACUGCGAGCAGCUAUCUCCCUCUUCACUACGGUGCCGCGAACGGACCUCGAAGAAAUCCUCCCAGCAUUUACGUCACUGCGACUGAUGACAUUGAGACUGCAAAAAACGAGGUCCUUAAAAGCGAGGAUGAGUUGGUGAUGUACAUAUUAGAUGGCAGAUGUGAGGAUAUGAGAAGAUGUGCUAUUUUCAAAGCGUCGGACUGGAUGCGCGCACUGAAUAUGUGGGAUGGCGACGAGAAUGAAGACGUAGAUGACAGAGACGCUCGACAGAAAAGAGUGGGCUCCGAGUGGUUGAUUUGGCCAAGUGUACCGAAAGAGGCUGUCAUUCAUAUGUCGACAAAAGAUGAUAUCCUCGAGGAGAAUAAAGAAGAAGCCGAAGAAGGAAACGCUUCGAUUCUAAAUCGUGCGGCUGGCCAGAAACAUCAAAACGCAUUUGCAAGCCCGAGUAAGAAUCCAAAUCCAGUCGUCGACAAGGGCAAAGCAAAAGCUCCACCGAAUUUGCGUAUUCAGAAAGGACUUGUGCGUAACGAUGUCGACGCACACCGCAGACCUCUAUACAUGGUUGAGUUUUCCGACAAUCACGAGUUUGCAUUCUCGACCAUCUACGUCAUCGAAGAACAAGAAGCUAGUUCACGGUGUCUUAUCCAUUGGGGUCCUGGUAUAGAACCCAGCUGGGUCAGCAUCGAAAACGUCGAUGCGAGGGCUGUGAAGGACUACCGACAACGCAACACCAAGGGCCGAGAAAAAGAUAAGCCAAAGAGGGAACACGAAAUUCUCUUUGAAGAUCAACAAUCCAAGGAGACUAAAUUGGAUAGCAAGUUCUUAGUCAAAUGGGCUGAUUCCGAGGUCUUGACCUGGGAAACUUAUGAUAGUAGUCCUGGUGUUACGAGACAUGCUGUCAAUGUAUUUCGAGCGAAGAGGGACAAAUGGCAGAGAUAUCAAUAUAUGUGAAGAUUAGCAAUGAAGGGGUUACGGCAGACACUCGCGGAGUCUUGAAGGUAAAUGUGCGGAGACUUUCCAAAAUUUUAAUGUGUUCCGGCA